AUGUGUUCAUCAACAUUGUGCUACGUUCUUGAUUUAUUUUUACAGCAAGAAGGAAAAACUGAAACUGGCACAGUGUCUCAUCAGGAUUUUACGGCGAAAAAAGGCGAGCAUUAUCCGGCAACAAAGCCAAAAGAUUCCGAUUUACUGCACGGCGACGGCUUAUUUACGGCUGAAACUCACGCAGGAACGGAGUUUACGCCAAAAAUCGGUGAAAGAUAUGAUGCAAAACGUCUCACUGAAUCAGACAUUUGGGAAGUACAAGUUUACGUAUUUUAA